GCCGUGUGAAAAUAGCAAGCCAAAAGUUCUUAGUUAACAGCAGCCAGGGAGGCUCAGACUAGAAUGGAGGUAGAAAGAAUCAAUACAGAGUGGGUUUCAUUCUAAGCCCCCGCCCCCUUUUUUAUUUUUACUGAGUUUGUUGUUUUGUUGGUUAACUUAUUGACUGUAGAGAUGUGUUGCCUUGGUCAUGUGAAGACCGGAGCAGCACCAGCAUUUAAAUAGUGACAGACAAUUUUGAAUGCCGUAGUAUAUAUGUACUCAGAGUAUUUUGGUGAAAGAAGAUAAAGAGCCCAGCAGAGAUUUUCUCCUCAUCUUCACCCAACUGCAGAAUCAAAAGUUAAGAAACAGCAUCUAAGGGCACUAUUUCAGUGCGAAAGCAUCUAGAGGAUGGCUCUAAAUGACUGCUUGCUUCUGAACUUGGACCAUUUCAUGCACUGCAAUGUCUCCAAUCACAGUAUGGAUCUGCCCACAAGCGAGGACCGGUUCUACCCGGGGAUCCUCUAUGUCAUCCCUGCGAUCUAUGGGGUCAUCAUUCUGAUAGGUCUCAUUGGCAACAUCACCCUGAUCAAGGUCUUCUGUACCGUGAAGUCCAUGCGCAACGUGCCAAACCUGUUCAUCUCCAGUCUGGCUUUGGGAGACCUGCUCCUCCUGGUAACGUGUGCUCCCGUGGAUGCCAGCCGCUACCUGGCCGACAGAUGGCUGUUUGGCAGGACUGGCUGCAAACUGAUCCCCUUUAUACAGCUUACCUCGGUGGGGGUGUCUGUCUUCACACUCACAGCUCUCUCGGCAGACAGGUACAAAGCCAUCGUCCGACCCAUGGAUAUCCAGGCGUCUCAUGCCCUGAUGAAGAUUUGCCUCAAAGCAGCAUUGAUCUGGGUCAUCUCCAUGCUCCUGGCCAUCCCAGAAGCUGUGUUUUCUGAUCUACAUCCUUUCCAUGAGGAAAGCACCAAUCAGACCUUCAUUAGCUGUGCCCCAUACCCACACUCCAAUGAGCUGCACCCCAAAAUCCACUCCAUGGCUUCCUUCUUGAUAUUCUACAUCAUCCCACUGUCCAUCAUCUCUGUCUACUACUACUUCAUUGCCAGAAACCUGAUCCAGAGUGCUUACAACCUGCCUGUUGAAGGGAACAUACACGUCAAGAAGCAGAUAGAAUCCCGGAAGCGCCUCGCCAAGACAGUGCUGGUGUUCGUGGCCCUCUUUGCCUUCUGCUGGCUCCCCAAUCACGUCAUCUACCUGUACCGCUCCUACCACUACUCCCAGGUGGACACCUCCAUGCUCCACUUCGUCACCAGCAUCUGUGCCCGCCUCCUGGCCUUCACCAAUUCCUGUGUCAACCCUUUUGCCCUCUACCUGCUGAGCAAGAGUUUCAGGAAGCAGUUCAACACCCAGCUCCUCUGUUGCCGGCCUGGCCUGAUGACCCGCUCUCACAGCGCCGGCAGAAGCACCACGUGCAUGACCUCCUUCAAGAGUACCAACCCCUCCGCAGCCACCUUCAGUCUCAUCAACAGGAACAUCUGUCAUGAGGGGUAUGUCUAGAUCGACCCUUGACCCUGCCCCCUUAGGGCCCCCUGGUGUUGCUUUGUGGCUGGUAAGGGACCCUCACAUCUGUUGUUGUCUAUGUGCCCCCUGAAGACCCCUUGGAAGGCUCAUAAAGGGGGAAGGCAGGUUGAGGAGAGGCCCAAAUGGAUCACUACUAUGCUUGAAAGGCCCAUCAAGGCUUACAUUUUCCAUUUCAACUUGUGAAUGCUUCUUCUGAUGUAGAGCAAACUUGCCCUUUUUUAGAAAAAGGACCAAAUAGAAAAUUAUGAUUUUAAGCAUCAAGCCCUGAUAUACAGGUGUGGCCAAUGAAGUCCUAGAAACUAUGUGAACAACCAGAUUUAUA